AGACUAAUUUAGAAUAUGCAAAAAUUAUAGCAAUUACAGCAAACUUAAUUAAUGGCAAAAACAAAAAAACAAUAAAGUGAAGAGGGACGUAAGAAAACAUAAGAACAAUAAAGAUGGAUUAAGUAAUAAGAGACUUAGAACUUGAAAAUUAAGAAACUUGAAUUAGAGAGACAAAUACAGUAAUAAAGAGAAUCUGAACUAAUUAAGAAUAUUGUCAGAUACAAAAAACUCAAAUAAUAAAGAGCAUAAUCAUAAAUGAAAAUGAGAAUUAGAUAAAAUUCUAAUGAAGAACUUAGAAAUAAGGAAUAUUCUUAAUUAUUAGAGGUUGAAUGUCAAAAAAGAAUAUAGACAGAAUAAUCUAUUCGCAAAUUAGAGUAGAAGGAAUAAUUAUUGAUUUAAGAACUAUAAACAUCAUAAUAGUUGAGUUCGACAUACUCACGUUAAUUAGUAUUAUUCUUUAUUAAUUUUAGGAUCCUAGAAACAUUACCAAAAUUAGAGCAAAGUCUUACUUUCUCUGA